AUGGCUUUGUCAAUUGUUAAAGGACUUCUUCAACACUAUGUUGAUUCUUUGGUUGAUGAGGGCGUCUUAAAUGAACAGUUUUCUCACAUCCAGACUUUAAGAAUAGAGGAACCUGAUUUUGUUGAGCAGUUGAUCAAUACCUACUGCAUGAAUGUGGAAGCAGUCUUAUCAGAACUUACAAGCUGCAUCAACCUUUCUCAUGUUGAUUACUCCCAGCUGGCUGUACUGGCCCGACAAGUCGAGGAUAGAAGCUCAGGUAUUGGUGCUGAGCGUGUGAGACUUGCAUGUGGUGAUCUUAUUCAGGCUUGUGACCAAAUGCACACCAAAAAUUUCUCUCAAGCCUUGAAUUGGAUAAAGUAUGAAUUCGCUCUUACUCGGAACAAAUUGCAGGCUAUUGCUCAGAUGGAGCGCAGGAUAGUGAGACUAGUGACCAAACAGCGGGAACAAUGAAGUUCACUUGCUAUCAAGUUGUGUGAAGAAUUCCUCGGAUUCUCGCAUGGAAGUUGUGAAAUGAAUGUAUAAUCAGUUUCUCUCUUAAACUUCUACUGCUUUAUGCACUUUGAUGUCCUUUGCACAUUUGAAACAUUAUGUUGCAUAUGUAUAUUGCAAGUGUC